UCUUCCCCCUCCCUCUCCGCAGGUGUGCUGGGGAACGUGAUGAAGAUCGACGAGAACGGGGACUCCGAGGGCAACUUCACCGUCCUUUCCCUCCAGCGGGAGCACUUCGACUACAGCACCAGGGUCAACAACUACCAGUGUCCCUUCUACAUGGUGGAGGUGGGGCGGUUCCUUCACCACGUCAACCGUUCGCUCCCGGACUUUCGUCUGCACCUAGGGUCGGCGAUCGAGUGGUCUGGGGGGAUCCGGCCCCCGGACGAACCGGCUUGUGGGUAUCACGGGCAGAAGUGCGUCUUCAAUAGGGAGACCACCAGGGAGGUGAGGGUAUUGUCCGGA